CGCUCUGGGCCCGGUGCUGCCUGCUUUCUUAUGCUAAUGCUGUUCUGACAUCAGCAGUGAGAUCAAAGCAGGGCAGGGGUACUUUUAGAGCUGAGUCUGCCCCCACUCACAUUCACUCGCUCGCUCUCCUCCACUCCACGACCUCCCUCUCUCCCUCUCUCUCUCUCAGAACUCGCACUGACCGACACACCAUGCGUACCUGUCCGGAGCUACUCUACCACCCCGUGCUGGAUUUUACGCAUUCAUCUGGCUGAUAGCGACACAGACAGCAGCUCUCUUAAAGGAUCUACUGAGAUUUUCUUUCUUUUCUUCCCUUCUUCUUUCUCCUGUUGGUUUAUUGAACAGAGGACGCUGAGCGCCGCGGCAAAGGAUCUCGCAGAGGAGGCCGUGCCAUGAGAGCUGACCUUUGAGUUUGCGCCAAGAAGCCCACCAGCCCUUUGUAUCUGUGUCCUGUGUGAACCGGAGCCACUGUCCAACCAUGAGGAGCAGCUCUCAUGCCCUGCCUCUUGGUGUGCUCACGGCUCUGCUGCUGUCUCAGGUCUGCUCCGGCAUCAAAUGGCUAGCACUAUCACACACUCCUGCAUCUUUACACAUCAACCAGACCCAGCAUUGUAAGCAGCUGCCCGGCAUGGUUUCCUCACAAGCUCAGCUCUGCCGCAGCAACUUGGAGCUCAUGCAAACCAUCAUCCAGGCUGCCCGUGAAGUCAAGAAAACAUGUCAGAAGACCUUCACUGACAUGCGCUGGAACUGCUCCUCCAUCGACAUUCCCGUUGAUGCCCCGAAGUAUCGGCCGGACCUUGACCGAGGAACAAGGGAGGCUGCGUUUGUCUACGCCCUCUCCGCGGCAACCAUCAGCCACACCAUAGCACGGGCAUGCACGACUGGGGAUUUGCGGCUGUGCUCGUGUGGCCCUAUCCCUGCCGAGAUCCCGGAGCCUGGCUAUCGCUGGGGUGGCUGCGCUGACAACCUGCACUACGGUUUGAUCAUGGGCUCCAAGUUCUCUGACGCUCCAAUGAAGAUGAAGCGUUCAGGCUCCCAUGCCAACAAACUGAUGCACCUGCACAACAGUGAAGUUGGGCGACAGGCGCUGAGAGAUGCACUGGUGAUGAAGUGUAAAUGCCAUGGUGUGUCUGGAUCAUGCUCAAUAAGGACCUGCUGGAGAGGCUUGCAAGACCUGAGGGAGAUCGCCAUGGACCUGAAGACCAAGUACCUGUCGGCCACCAAAGUGGUCCACCGGCCCAUGGGGACACGCAAGCAACUCGUACCCAAAGACAUUGACAUCAGGCCGGUGAGGGAGAACGAGCUGGUCUACCUGCAGAGCUCCCCGGAUUUCUGCACCAAGAAUGAAAAACAAGGCUCUGUUGGCACACAGGACAGGCAGUGCAACAAAACCUCGGUUGGCAGUGACAGCUGUGACCUGAUGUGCUGUGGCCGCGGCUACAACCCGUACACGGAGAAGCUGGUGGAGCGCUGCCACUGCAAGUACCACUGGUGCUGCUACGUAACCUGCAAGAAAUGCGAGCGGAUCGUGGAGAGAUACGUUUGCAAAUGAGUCCCUGCCGGCCCCACCAGCGGUCCUCCACUUUGUACCCAGCCACCCAAGGCUACAGAUUAACCAAAGCACUACAAUAGCAAGGCUUACUUUUGUUUUAAGCUUUAGCAUGCGUAUCUCAACGAGAAGUGGUCUAUUCUUGUGUCAGUAUCCUUUUUGUAUCCAAUCUCCAAACUGCCAGUUGAGCUUCUAAGCUUUUUUGCUUCACAAACGUGGAUGUGGAGAGUGUGAUGACAAUGCCAGUCGGUUCAUGUGAAGAUCGCCGUCCUCCUGGGUAUUUUUCUUUUUCUUGUUAAUGAUUAUACAUCCCCUCCAACAGGGAUACUGAAAGUCUAUUUUAUUAUAUCUCUACUAAAAAGAAACAAUAUUGGAUGUUAAGCUGGAGGAGAGGGAGUGUCUACUCUCCUGAGAAGACAAAGACUUAUGGUUGACUUCAUUCCACGGAAAUCGAAGGGUUCUAAUGGAUCCACGCUUUUUUUAGGUACUAUUAUAACUUUUUUCCUCAUCAGCCAUGGACAGCAGAGGAAAAAGGAACACAAAGGGAACUUCAAGUACUUCUCAAUCAUGGAGCAUUUUUGUGGUUGAUGUAUUGGACUCUCAACAUGUGUCCUGUGUGGAUCACGGUAUGCCUGCAUCCCUGUGGAACGAGAGAAGAAAUCUAAGGACCUUGUGAAAUGGUGCAUUAUCUCCUUUUUUUUCUGACAUGCAGGCAGUUCAAAAUAUAUUGUAUUUUUCAGAGCAUAUGAGCUGAACUCAUGGAUUUUGUAAACCACUUUUGUGUGGAUGUACAUACUGUUAUUUUGUAUACUGAAAUAAAGAAAGAAGUAUUUAUAAAAUAAUUAAAUGAUCUUCAUCAUCUUUACAAGAA